AUGUACGUGAACGUUAGUGACGAGGUUGGAAGCUAUAAACAGCCGCUUGGUACUGUGCUGGCUGGCGCCGAUCUACAAUCGGCUAACCCGAGAUAUCAAAAACUCGGUCUAGUUGGGAAGGUCACGUCAGUGUUGAAUCUUGGUGUUCUCUCGUCCACUAACGAUGUUACUCAGGCUUUGAUAUGUCCAGCUCGCAUUGUCCAAUAUGACGUCGCUCAAGACAUCCAACAUAUUCCAUAUGGGUACGCGCUUCUUAUUGUUCUCCUGAGUGGUUGUUACAUCCUCCCCCCUUUCCUCAACAUGGCAUGCUUCUUCCCUGCAGCAGUUGGAACACUGGCGGCCUCUGCCAUAGUUUUUGCUACCCUUCAGAUCAUGUUCAGCAAUGGGAUGUGUUCAUGGACUUCCGCUAACGAGAAAGGACAGGUGCUGGUAGCUGUGAUACUACUCACAGAAACAAUCUGUAUGAUCGUUUGGAAUGACCCAUGGAAAUGUGUAUCGACCGCACAAGCUAAAAUGCCUCAGUUCAGAAUGACUCGGCACAGUCUUCUAGACAAGCCGGACGACGAGGACGCGAACAAGGCUACAAUGAUAGAGAGGACCCGGGGAGCGAUGUCGAGAUUGUCUAUACGGCGGAGGAUACUGAAAGCAUCAGAGCACAUGCAUGCAGUAACAUUUCCUGAGAUUGGUUGUGCUACAAAGCGUUCUGAAAUUGCUUGCCUCCUGCUUGACUAUACUCUAGAUGUAUACGGUACAUCAGGAAAACCCUCCUGGGCUAAAUCAGCACAAAUUCGCAAAAAUCGCAACAUUUCGAAAUUGACGAAAGCAUUAAUGGAGUUUACCGUGGUUACUUGGAAGCAGAAAAUCGGUGGUGGUUACUUGGAAGCAGAAGGGGGUGGGUUCGGAGGCUUGUUGAGAGACGGGUCUGGAGAUCGGUGGUGGUUGCUUGGAAGCAGAAGGAAAUUCAGACAAAAUGGUGUUGCGACGGACCACGCUGAGCUGGACGCAUUUGAACUCCUUGAUCUUGAUGGCAUGCACGACAAGGACUCGAACUGA